GUCAUAUUAAAAAUCUUCUAAGAUAAAUAUAAAAGUUUAAGCCCGCAAUCGAAAAAUCUGAAACGCAACUGGUGUGAGUGAUUCUAGCGUUUUCUCUCGUCGCAUCUUCUCUUUUCAUCUUUGACCCUAAAACUUUGCAAAUCUCGAGCUUUCAGGUUUAAUCGAUUUUGAUGUUGUUGCUAAUCCCGUAGAAAUCAGGUGCGUUUCGAGUCGAAAUUUUUGAGAGGUUUGUGAGUUUGUGAGAUUUCUAGGGUUUUUAGAUGAAUCUAGAAGUCGAUUUCGCUAUUUACGCUUAGAUGUUGGAUUGUUUCUACAUAUCUUGGGUUUUUCGAAUUUUCGGUGGAAAAAAAUCUAAACCACACACAUUGUAGCCACUUUUAAGCUUUGUUUCUGCAUGCUUCUGAGAUUUUUCGAAGAUUUUAGAUAGCUUCAUAGAGUUAAUUUCUUAGUGACGCAUGAUUGAGAGCUGUUUCUUAGCUUUGACAAGGUUUAUCUCCUCAAGCUGCUGAUUGUUUCGCCUCUGGUUUGUGGAUUUGCAAUUGGAGUUAAUGGGUUUUUGUUCUUGUCGCAUAGGCUUGAGUCUGGUGUCUCUGUUUUGCUUGGUUGUUUUACAUGUUAAUUUCUAUGUGUUGGUGGAAGUCACUAUUUGCAACGGAUUUUUGGUAGCUAGGCUGCAUGUGUGUAGAAUAUGAUUGCAGAAAAACCAUUGACAUUUUGUGUUACGUUUUUCUGAACUGGCUAAGCGGCUAGUAGAUGCUUUCUCACAUAUGUUAACACCUCCAUAUCUACCUUUUUUGUUUUAGCCAGAAAGUAGCCAUCCUUGAAGCAAAACAUAGCCCAGACGCUGGGGAUUGCUCAAAUUCGGAGAAUUUCGUCGGCAUUGAGACUUUGGUCAUUAGAAAAAUUGAAUGAUAAGGAUACACGACAGGCAUGGAGUGCAACAAAGACGAGGCGACGAGGGCGAAAGAAAUUGCAGAGAACAAGUUCAAAAUGAAAGACAUUGCCGGGGCUAAGAAAUUUGCCUUGAAAGCUCAAAAUCUGUAUCCAGAGAUAGAAGGUGUUUCUCAGAUGUUAGCAACCUUGGAUGUGUAUAUCGCUGCAGAAAACAAAGUAAACGAGGAUGUCGACUGGUAUGGAAUACUCAAUGCAAGUCCUCGGGAUGAUGAUGAAACGUUGAAGAGAAAGUACAGGAAGCUUGCUCUAAUGCUUCACCCCGAUAAAAACAAGUCUAUAGGAGCUGAAGGGGCAUUCAAACAUGUUUCUGAAGCUUGGAAAUUCUUGUCAGAUAAGGAAAAGAGAGCAGCUUAUGAUCGUAGGAAAAGUUUGCACUCAGUUUAUCAGAAGGUCUCAGUUUCAUCUUCUAAUAACGGGUUCUGCAAUUUCGCCAAGACUACUUUCACUACAAAUGCAAGGACGACGACCCCGAGAAACAAUCCGCCGGCCCAGAAGACCAAUCCGCCAGCCCAGAAGACCAAUCCGCCUGCCCAGAAGACCAAUCCGCCAGCCCAGAAGAACAAUCCUCCGACCCAAAAGAACAAUCCGCAAAAGCCAGUUGGUACUACACAGAAAACAGGACGUACUGAUAAUCACACAACAACACCAAACUCAUUUACUGCAUCUGGGUCAUCAGACCAAUCAAAGUCGAAUACUUUCUGGACAGUCUGCAGGAGAUGCAUGAUGCAGUACGAGUAUCUAAGAGUUUAUGUCAACUGUAACCUUCGGUGUCCUAAUUGUCUACAGUCCUAUUUGGCAGUAGAAGUCCCUAAACCAGGUAUUUCAAGCCGUUGGAGUAGUUGCAGCCGUCUAAAGUCAGCUGCAAACCACAAUACUACUUCAGGUUUAUUUAAUAACUCCAAGUGGACAUUCUCAAGAACCAGCAGUGCAGCUCAUGCUGCAAGUGUGGUUCAACAUGCUUAUGAGAAGGUAAAGAAAGAUCGCGAGCAGGCGAAAGCAACCGCGAGAAGAGAAAAGAAGAAUGCCAAAAGAAAGAGCACAACUGAUUCGUCUGCUUCUGGUAGUUCGCUUAAAAAGAGGAAAGUUUGUUUAGAAACUGAUAUCGGUUGCUCUAGUGGAAGAGAGGUCACUUACCGUGUGACUGGUGAAAACGGAAAAAACAUGGGAAAGUUAGAACAUGGAACCAAAGAGAGUGCGGACAAGUUGUCUCUUAGAAGAACCCAGAGAAAGAUUAGCAAGGAGAAUGUUACAAGAGAGGUAAAGUCGCGUUAGCAUUCUGACCCCGUUGAGUGAGGUUUAAGUUAUGCAGGCAUAAUUUAUUGAUGGAUUCUCCAGGCUAUAACCAGUCAUAUAUUUUGUAAGUUGGGUCAUUCGGUAAUCUUUUGGUUCUAACAUUGUAGAGAGGUACGAGUCGAGUCUUUUUGGGCAGAUGUCACAAACUGAUUUCCAAAAAUUUUAAAAGACUCAGUGUUGUAGCAACGAUGGCUUGGUUUCAUGGCUCUUAAGUUCUGUUUCAGUGCUCUUAAUGUUUGAUUCACUUUCUCCAAUAAUGAGUAGCUUUG